AUGGAGACUGAGACAUCGUUCGCUAAGCACAGCCCAAGCAGCCCGGUCAUGCCUUUCACAACGAAACGACCACCAUUCGUAUUCCAUUACGACAACAGGAAGAGCGAGAAUAUAGGCCAGGAGCGUGUUAAAACAUUAGUGACAUUUUUGUGCUUCAUAAUCGUCGGACUGAUUAAUCACUUUGUACUCGCCGUUGUAUCAGAUAUUAUCAGCCGGUUACCACUUCCCGACUUGACGCAUUCUGUUGUUGCUCAAAACGACACAUUGAGACACAUGGCGGACACAUUCACUUCAGCAGCAGUGUUUUUGCUACUUCUGAUUUGCUGUGUAUUUCACAAGCACAGAUGGAUAGUCUUUCGACGGCUCUGCUACAUUCUUACCGUACUAUACCUUAUGCGUGCGAUCAGCAUUUGUCUCACACAUAUUCCGUCAGGAUUUUCACUGAUUUGA